AUGACAGACCGAUCUCUUGGUGACCACGUCAAGGGUUUCCUUUCAACCCUCUCGUCCUCGCACUCAAACAGCAACUCUCCUGCUCCCCCAUACAACGGCGCAUAUUCCCAGCCUCCAAUGCAACAGCCCCCGUACCCGGAUCAACAAUACGGUGGCCAACAGUAUCAGCAAGAUUGGCAAUCGCAAAACGGCCCCCCUUCUUACUACGGACAACCUCCUCCCCAGCAAUGGCCGCCUGCCAACCAAUACCCACAACAGCACAACGGACCUCAGCAGUAUGGUGGACAACAGCAGUACAAUGGGCCUCCUCAACACGGAUAUCAGCAGGGUCCUCCUCAGGGUCCCUAUGAUCAGCACCCCUCUCAUGGGUUCCCACCUCAACAACAGCAACAACAGCAGCAACAACAAGGAUAUGGCCAAGGGCCCUCUGGUACUCCCACGUCUCUCCACGUGAGGGCAGCAGGCGAUAGGGUGUACUAUGUGGUGGAUUCAAAAACGGGCCAAACUGUUUACACCUUCAACUUUGGCUUCAAGUCUUCAGGAGCUGGGCCCGUCCAUGUCAUGCGCGGCGACAACGGACCUCCAUGCGGGACUCUCACCUAUCAUUCCUUCUCAAGCAAGGUCGACAUGAACCUUGGAAACUCUUUCGUCAAAUUCAAGAAAGACUUCCCCAGCAACACCGGUCUGGGCUAUCUUACAUGGCAAAAGAACGGCGGCGGUUGUUUUUCAAGCGGCGGAAACCUCAUUCUCGAGAGCGGGGGCGGUGUCCUCGCCACCUACCGACUGGAGAAAGGUCCUGGUAGCCAAAAGCGUCAAGGUGGAGGCAUCGAGAUCCAGAGGCCAGGCUUGAGUCAAGCUCAGUUGGAUGAGAUUGUCAUCAGUGGUGUGGCUGAGCUGGAAAGGUUGAGGCUUGCGGCAGGCUCCUCAUCAGCUGGAUCAAGCGCUGGUGUGAUUGUGGCUAUUACUUGA